ACGAUGAAUUCGGCGUGGAACCAACAAGUUCGCUCGGAUUGCGAGGAGCUGCUUGCGCGGUUCCAACAAACGGACUCUGUCCGCUUUGAGAUUUUCUGCAAAACCUGGAGAGAAAUGAAGUUUGGACAUAUAUUUUUCGGCACCGCAGGUCGCGAGAAGCGAGCGUUCAGUCGUCUGGCGUUGGACGCGGCCGCCAUCUACUUUCUGCCCCCCUUCAGCUUCCAGAUCCGAACGGGAGGACUUUACCUUCUCUACAGCCUCUACCAGUGCCAGCGCACCUCGCCGCCCAUCAGGAUCCGCCUGGCGCUGAAGGACUGGGAGGACGUGGUGACCUUCCAGAAGGAGGCGUUAGGAGCUCAGCAUCUGGACGCCGUCUUUGUCCUGCAUCAGCUGCUCUUCCACAAAGCUUUCCACCUCACUGCCAUGCCCACAUUGCUGACCUUCAAGGGGAGCAAGGAGACCACCGGUCCUCAGCAGCCCCGCAACUUUGUGGCCGGGGCGUGCGGCCCUCAGGAGCUCAUCGACCGAGACGCGCUGGAGGAGCUGUCCGACGUCCACCGCGUGUACGGCGAGCUCAAGUUGUCCGUCUACUCGCAAGCACAGCUGGAAAGCCUGGGCGUCGACCUACACCGGAAAAACCUGCCGGCUCUGGUCCGAGGAUAUGUCGUUGCUUUCCACAGCUGGCAGCAGAAGAUGCGGCAGGUUGUCCUACCGCCGCGCUUUUGCAGAGGACCAAAAGUGGCCAAACUUUCGCCUGUACUUUGUCAGGAGGAGAGCGCCGAGGACCGGGGCGCCGGCGGCAGUAGCGAGACCACGUCGUCGCAGGCGGAGAGUUCCAGAAGAGCUCAGCUGCUGUCAUCCAUCAAGUCCAAAGCGUACGGUCAAGCCACUGAGGUAUGCAAGUCUCGCCGACAUCGCCGGGUGGACCUGGACACUGGCGAACAUUCGGGCCCCGCCUCCCCAAAAGUACCCCGCAGGCGUGGCAAAAUCUCCCUCAGAGCGAGAACCAAGAAGAAUGUUUGCAUCGUGGGCCGCAUGAGCAAAGAAGCCGCCACGUCCACUCGCAUCCAACGUCUGACCACCCUGGACGCCGGCCCUCGAGCCAAAAGGGAAGAAAGCGCAGGGCAGUGGACGUGAGCACCAGACCUUCCCGCUCGUCCCCUUUCCGAACCUCGUUCUGGGCGAUUUGCCGUCACUUUUGAAGCACCAUUGGUGACACGUCAGUGCGCUUUCACCAUGCUACUGGAAGAAAAUGAGCCUGCUUUGUUUUGCUUUUCCUUGUGCAUUAAAUAAACAGCAGCACAGUCA